AUGGCUCCGACCGUCUGGAUCCCGCCACGUGGCAGUGAAUCAACGGCACAAGAGGGGCUGGGAGUGAAAUGGGAGACAGAGGAGGCGGAGGAAGAACAAGGGAGCGCGGAAGGAGACAGGGGGGAGGCGGGGGAUGGGCGGCAUGAGGGGGAGGAGAUAGGGAAGCGUGGGAAUGCAUGGGGAGGGGGAGAGAACGCAUGGGGAGCGAUGGGGCGGCCGCUGAGGCUGGCUGAUGGGCGAGCGGUGAUGGUGCGACUCACACAGCAUGGCGCCGCAGGCCUGAAAGAGGAGCCUGCUGACGCUCUGUGCGAUAGGGAUGCCCCCACUGUCAUCAGUAGCGCCACUGGUGAUGCUGCUGCUGAUGCUGCUGAUGCUGCUGCUACUGCUGCUGCUGCUGUACCUGGCAGUGGUACGAGUGUGGCGGUGGCACAAGGGUCAUGGCUGCGAGUGAGGGUGAUGGGGGUGGUGGCCAUCACUGCAGCGGACCACGCACACCUGCUCGUGAGCCCUUGCUGCCUCCAUCCAAGCCUCGCCUGCCCACCUGCCAACCACCCCUUGUCAUCCCUCUCCUCCGUUGCUGCUCACUGCUGCCCUCACCCUCCUUGCCCCCCUCUGCUCCACCACGCCUUGCCAUCCUCGUCCGCCCUCACCUCUCCUUCCCCCGCUCUAUCCUCCCUACGCUUCUCGCCUCCACUCUCACGUACGCCCCAUGCCCCACCUCCUUCCCGCCUCUCCCCCCCCUUCUCACCACCCCUGCAGGCGCAGGUGCAGCGCAUGCUGCGGCUGUCCCCCGCCUGCCAGGCCGCCGUGCAAGCCUUCCACCGCCGCCAUCCCGCCGCCGCUGCUGCUGGCUUCGGGCGGCUCUUCCGGUCGCCCUCACUCGUUGAGGACCUCGUCAAGGCGCAGCUGCUGUGCAACUGUGAGCCCCUUGCUUCGAGUCUGGCCAUGGCACGCGAGCUGUGCCUCUUGCACCGCCACCACUUCGGCCCUCCCCUCGGCGCGCCCGAUUCGCCUGAGUGUGUUGGUGCUUUUCCCGAGCCUCACGAGCUCGCAGGCCUGGAGAUUUCGUACCUAACUAGCAGGUGCGGGUUGGGCCCUCGGAUUGCCAGGUUGGCAGCUGACGUGGCAUCUGGUGCCAUUGACCUGGAAGCACUCCAGAGGGACUGCCUGCUGGAGAAUCCGCCAAGCGGCUGUGACAUGGCAGCAGUACGUGCAGAGAGGGAGGUGGCAGGGCAGGCGGCUGUGGGAGGUGGGGAGGGCGGCGCGCAGACAGGCGAGGGCGAGGACAUGAGAGGGGCAGGCGACGUGCGAGUGGAUGCGAGGAGAGGGGCUGGCAGGAGGAAGAGAGGGAGGAGUUGGGACGAGAAUGGGCGCGAGUUGAAGGGAGUGGAGGCAGCAGUGGAGAAGCGGACGCCUGUGAUUCGUGACGACAGCCCUGCAGCACGCGAGGCCGCGCCCUGCCAUCGCAGUGUGCCGCCGACUCACAGCGCCAUGGGGGGACGGAGGCAAGCAGGCACGCGGAAGAGAGGGGGGAGUGGGAGGGGCAAGCAAGGGGAGGUGGGGUGGGAGGAGGCGGUGAGGCAGAGGGUGCAGCGCUUGCCGGGGUUCGGCCCGUUCUCAUCGGCCAACGCGCUGCAGUGCAUGGGCGUCUUCUGCUUCGUGCCCGCCGACUCCGAAACCAUCCGCCACCUCCAGGCGAGGGGUCAUGCGGGGUGCACGGCGGGCACAGUGGACGCCCUGGCAGCAAGAGCAUACGCCGCCCAUGCGCCCUUCCAGUUCCUCGCCUAUUGGCAGAGCACACGUGGGACACGUGCCUCCACCAUGCCGGGUGCUUCCUUACUGUUUACUCUCACGCCCCUCAUCCUGCUUCCACUUGCCCGUGCUCACUCCCUGCACCUGCUGUGCUCUGCGUAUGCCGCGGUGCGGGGGCGUCAUGGCAGGUGGGAGGUGUGGGGGGAGUACGAGCGGGUGUUUGGCCGCAUGGCACACCUGCCCCCGGCGCGCUACCAUGCCAUCACGGGCCACAACAUGCGCACGGCAGGGGGCGCUGGCCCGGGGGGCAGGGGAGGUGGCGGUGAGGCGAAUCUUGGGGGGGGUGGUGAUGCGGUGGAGGGCAGGGGGGGUGGCGGCGGUGGUGGUGUGAUGGUGAGCGCUCAGCGCCGCCACACUGGCAGGCGCCGCUCACAGGGUGGGUCGACCAGCCCGCCCAGUGGCUGCCGUCGCGAGGCAGAGGGGGAUGGCGGGGUAGACGAGGGGGGUGACGGGAGAGCCGGAAGAAGUGGCGAAUCACGCGGGCAUGCAGCAACAGCUGGUGUGGUGAGAGGUGCAGGAGAGGCGGCAGCAGCCACGGAUGCCGCUGGUGUUGCAGCAGGCAGCGGUGAUGGCGGGGUGUGUGUGCAGUGCGGUGUGGCGGGCAUGGGUGUGCGGCGCAGCAGGCGGGUCAUGGCGCUACGCACUCAGCGCGGCAGUGCGAGUGGCACGGCCGCCUGUGGUGCCUGCUCAGCGCCGAGCCGUGGUGUGGAGCAGCAGGGGGUGGAGGGAAAGAGCCGGGAACGUGGCAGUGGCAAUGGGAGGAGGCGAGGGCACAGCGGUGGGAGUGAGAGGGGUGAGCGGACGCAAGGGGCGGGUGGAGGUGAGAGGAGAGGCAUUGCUGCAGUGGGAAGGGGGCGAGGAAGGGGGAGGAGUGAGUUAGAGAAGGAUGAUGUGGGAGGGAAUGAGGUGAGUGAGGAGAGAGGGGAGGCAGCGACGGGGAUGGUGGUGCGGAGUGGUGAAGAGCAGGGGCGUGAGAGUGUGCGUGCAGGAGCAGGGCAGGCGGCGGAGCAGCAGCAGAGGGAGAUUAGGCAAGGGCAGCAGCGUCUAGAGCAGCAGGAGGGUGAGCAGCAGGGGGAUGAGCAGCACAGGGGCGAGCAGGCAUGGGUGCAAGCGGAGCAGCAAGCAGGAAGCUUCCACGCAGGAGGCGAGAUGGGAACGGCAGGUGCAUGGGCGGUGGGUGCAGCGCAGGCGAGCAGCGAAGGGGGCAUGACAGGCGGGAAGGAGGCGGAGGUGUGUGGGAAGAGCAGGGCAGGGCAUGAGGAGGUGGGGGGCCGGCACCGCCCCAACAGGCGCCUCCUGCUGUAG